CGGCGAUGAGGCUGGGUCUGCUCCCUCGCGAGGCCCUGCGUGGUCCGCCGGGGCCCGGGGCAUGGCCGCCCGGCUGUAGGCGGCCCCGGGGACGGAGUGGCUCCGUUAUCCGGGAGCGGAGGGGGUGAAUCGCGUAGCGGCUCACGCUGAGCUUUGUCACAGAACCAAGAGGGAGCCAUGGUGUGCAUUCCUUGUAUUGUCAUUCCGGUUCUCCUCUGGGUCUACAAGAAAUUCCUUGAACCGUAUAUUUAUCCCAUGAUCGCACCUUUUGUGAAGCGUGUGUGGCCCAAGAAAGCUGUGCAAGAAAAAACAGACACAAAACAAGGUCAAGGAGACAGCGCUGGAAAUCCAUGGGCACCUUCACCCACGAAAAGAGAUCAGGAGGAUGAGUCUGGAAUUUGUAAAUUUGAAAGCAAUGGCGUUGCAAAUGGGAUUGCUGCGAAGAGAUCCACAGAAGUUUCUGACAAGAAAAUGGAUUAAAGGAAUUUAUACAUAAGGAUUUUAUUCCUUUGUGUCCAAUAUGAACUGGUGAUAUUUCUCUCACUUUGAGACUUCUUUCUUUGCACAUUUUAGCGGAAUAAAAAUUCUUAUCGCUUACAGGAGAGUCUCUUGCCACUACAAUGGCAGCUAGCCCAUUUCUUAAUUUUAAAUGUUUGACAGCUGAAGUUCUUAAUUUUCCUUACUGGAACUACUUUUAAUCUGUUUGGCGUGAUUAGAAUUUAGGUUAAAUAACUUAUGACUACAUCUAGCUUUGGAAGGUAAAUGUUAACAGUUGUACUAACUGCUAGUGCAAUACUUAAGGCUUUCACUUUAAAAACUAUAGCUGUUCUUGAACUUGCUAAAGAAGUAUGAAUUGCAUUGUGGCAAUGUAAGCUUCAUGGUUAAAUUACAAAGCGUUUAGAUUUUUCAUGUCAAAUCUGUGAAUGAGCUCAAGGAGUUACGCGACAUGCAAAAUUUACUUAGGCCACUAAUAGCAGAAAGCCUUGAUUUGAUACUUGCAUUAAUCAUUUUUCUUGAAACAUUGUGCCUUUCUUUCCUGAAGAGGAGGAGCAGGGGCAUGAUGCAAGAGAAUUGUUGCUUUGUAUUUUGUGGCGGUUUGAAAUGGUGCAGUUCUGUCUUUAAAAAAAAAAAAUCCAACUAAAAUCUCUUUUAACAUGCUUAUAGAAUUUGAAUUAGAAUAAACCAGGAUUUUCUUUAAAUAUAA